GCUGAGUCUGUAACUGGGUGAUCGUUGCUGCACUACGUGGUUUAAUCUGAACCUGCUGCUGUGGUUGUUGGCGUGCAGCUCUGCGUGUACUUCCUGUCACCGCUGACCCUGACGAUGGUGCUGAGGGAGGUUCCAGUUGAAAACAUCACCCGCCCUCUGGGCAGGAACGAGGUCAUCGGCCUGCUCUUCCGUCUCACCAUAUUCGGCGCCGUCACCUACUUUACCAUCAAGUGGAUGGUGGACGCCAUCGACCCCACCAGGAAGCAGAAGUUGGAGGCUCAGAAACAGGCCGAGAAGCUGAUGCGUCAGAUCGGCGUGACGAACGUGAAGCUGUCUGAAUAUGAGAUGAGCAUCGCCGCUCACCUGGUGGACCCGCUGAGCAUGCAGAUCACGUGGAGAGACAUCGCAGGUCUGGACGAGGUGAUCACAGAGCUGAAGGAGACGGUGAUCCUACCUGUCCAGAAGAGACACCUUUUCCAGGGAUCCAGACUGCUGCAGCCCCCCAAAGGUCGGGAGGGGAGGAGGGGAGGAAUGAGGCGGGAGGGAGGGGAAGAAGGGAG